AUGUUGAUGGGGAACUGCUUUCUGCUGUUCCUCUGGUGUAUCUUGGACAAAGGCUUUGUGGCUCCCCUACAUUCUCCAUCCCAUAGCAGGAUGGGGAAGGACCACCAUAAGAACACGGGGGGCCUUAGGAGACAUGGUAUACCUGGGGUUCAGAGGGUCAAGAGGGGCUGGGUGUGGAACCAGUUCUUCGUUCUGGAAGAAUACAUGGGAUCUGAACCUCAGUAUGUGGGAAAGCUUCACUCGGAUCUGGAUAAAGGGGACAGUAUGGUGAAAUACACUCUCUCAGGAGAAGGCGCAGGUUCAAUUUUCACCAUUGAGCCCACCACAGGGGACAUCCACGCCUUAAGGAGCCUGGAUAGGGAGGAGAAGUCUUAUUACACGCUCCGGGCCCAGGCUGUAGACAUACUUACGGGCAGACCUUUAGAACCAGAGUCCGAAUUCAUCAUUAAGGUCCAGGACAUCAACGACAACGAGCCAAAAUUUCUGGAGGGCCCAUACAAGGCCUCUGUGCCUGAGAUGUCACCUAUAGGUACUUAUGUGACGCAAGUGACCGCUACAGAUGCCGACGACCCUACCUAUGGAAACAGCGCUAGGAUCGUGUACAGCAUUCUGCAUGGGCAGCCAUACUUUUCCGUGGAUGCCAAAACAGGAGUUGUCAGGACUGCCCUACCUAACAUGGACCGGGAGGUCAAGGAGAUGUACCAGGUCCUCAUCCAGGCCAAGGACAUGGGGGGCCAGCUGGGGGGUUUGGCUGGAACUACCAUCAUCAAUAUCACCCUCACUGAUGUCAACGACAACCCACCUAGGUUUUCCAAAAGUAUCUUUCACCUGCGUGUUCCGGAGUCUUCACCAGUGGGGUCAGCAGUGGGGAGCAUCAAAGCCCAUGAUUUAGAUUCCGGAAAGAAUGCUGAAGUCGAGUACAGUAUUGUUCCAGGAGACGGAGGCUCCAUGUUUGACAUCCACUCUAGCGAACAUACUCAGGAGGGAGUGGUGGUACUGAAAAAGGGUUUGGAUUACGAGAGCAGAAAGACGUAUUCUUUUAAAGUGGAGGCAUUAAAUGCUCAUCUGGAUCCACGCUACCUCCACCUGGGCCCCUACAAGGACACAGCCACUGUUAAAGUCAGCGUGCUGGACGUGGAUGAGCCGCCCGUCUUCAGCAGACCCUCAUACACCAUGGAGGUUUAUGAGGACACGCCAGUGGGCAUUGUCAUAGGAGCAGUGACAGCCCAGGACCUGGACGCAGGCAACAGCCCCAUCAGAUAUUCUAUUGAGUGGCUGAGGGACUCUGAAAAUUACUUUGAGAUCGAUCCUGUCGAAGGAACAAUAUCAACCAGUGAGCCGUUGGACAGGGAAGGUGUCGCCCAGCAUAACAUUUCUGUUGUUGCAACUAAAGUUAACAACCCCCUCCUGUUCAGUACAGUCACUGUCAUAGUCAACGUGCUGGAUGUCAACGAGUUUCCUCCAGAACCUGCCUUUCCAUAUGAGUCAUUUGUUUGUGAAAAUGCAAAAGUAGGACAGUUGAUUCAAAUAAUCAGUGCCACAGACAAAGACUUACCUGCUGUAGGACAAAAAUUCUACUUCAAAUCCCCCAGGGACAUCCGAAACCGGAACUUCACUGUCAGAGACUUCGGAAAUAACACAGCCGGUAUCGUGACCAGACGGGCUGGGUUUUCGCGGCGUGUGCACAAUCUGUACUCGGUUCCGGUGGUCGUGGAGGACAGCGGUUACCCGAUCAGGAGUAGCACAGGAACACUUGGGGUCCGGGUGUGUGCCUGCGACCCGGAUGGCACUCUCCUGUCCUGCAGUGCACAGGUGGACUUCUUAUCUGUGGGUCUCAGCACCGGAGCCUUAAUUGCUAUUCUGCUGUGUGUGAUCAUACUCCUAGUGAUCGUGGUGCUGUACACGGGUCUGAAACGACACAAGAAGAAGGACGCUCUAAUGUCGUCCAAGGAGGACGUCCGCGACAACGUGAUUCACUACGACGACGAGGGGGGAGGGGAGGAGGACACGGAGGCGUUCGACAUGGGGACGCUGCGGAACCCCAAAGCCAUGAAAGAGACGGCGUUCCACAGGGACGCGCAGCCCGAGGAUCGUCCCAGGACGCGGACGGUCGAGUCGGCCGAGGACGACGAGGACAUCAGGGCUUACAUUAACCAGAAGCUGCACGAGAACCACAUCAGCACCUCGGCGCCUCCCUACGACUCCCUGGCCACGUACGCCUACGAGGGAGAAGGGUCAGUAGCAGAGUCCCUCAGCUCCAUAGAGUCCUGGCCCUUGGGUCCAGAGGAGGACUACAGGAGUAUGACUGAAUGGGGUCUUCACUUUAAAACUCUAGCAGGAAUCUUUGCAGAGCAAAAGACUCAGGCAUCAGAGGACACAGAAAAUAAACAGUAA